AUGUCACUAAAGAAUCAGUGGACGUCAAAGGCACUAGAGAAGCCACAGAAGAUACAGAGACGAACAAAAGCAUUAUCAUCACUCCCAAUCGAGAGAACUCCCAUCGAGAGAACUCCCAUCGAGAGAACUCCCAUCGAGAGAACUCCCAUCGAGAGAACUCCCAUCGAGAGAACUCCCAUCGAGAGAACUCCCAUCGAGAGAACUCCCAUCGAGAGAACUCCCAUCGAGAGAACUCCCAUCGAGAGAACUCCCAUCGAGAGAACUCCCAUCGAGAGAACUGCCAUCGAGAGAACUGCCAUCGAGAGAACUCCCAUCGAGAGAACUCCCAUCGAGAGAACUCCCAUCGAGAGAACUCCCAUCGAGAGAACUCCCAUCGAGAGAACUCCCAUCGAGAGAACUCCCAUCGAGAGAACUCCCAUCGAGAGAACUCCCAUCGAGAGAACUCCCAUCGAGAGAACUCCCAUCGAGAGAACUCCCAUCGAGAGAACUCCCAUCGAGAGAACUCCCAUCGAGAGAACUCCCAUCGAGAGAACUCCCAUCGAGAGAACUCCCAUCGAGAGAACUCCCAUCGAGAGAACUCCCAUCGAGAGAACUCCCAUCGAGAGAACUCCCAUCGAGAGAACUCCCAUCGAGAGAACUCCCAUCGAGAGAACUCCCAUCGAGAGAACUCCCAUCGAGAGAACUCCCAUCGAGAGAACUCCCAUCGAGAGAACUCCCAUCGAGAGAACUCCCAUCGAGAGAACUGCCAUCGAGAGAACUGCCAUCGAGAGAACUCCCAUCGAGAGAACUCCCAUCGAGAGAACUCCCAUCGAGAGAACUCCCAUCGAGAGAACUCCCAUCGAGAGAACUCCCAUCGAGAGAACUCCCAUCGAGAGAACUCCCAUCGAGAGAAAUCCCAUCGAGAGAACUGAACUCCCAUCGAGAGAAAUCCCAUCGAGAGAACUCCCAUCGAGAGAACUCCCAUCGAGAGAACUCCCAUCUAGAGAACGAAUGUCGCUUGGCGUUGUUACUGGCACCUUCACAAGGUAA